GCACCCAACCUCACUCCAUCUUUUCGGCUCACCGAUUUCUCAACGAAGAAAAGAACUCUCUGAGAUGACGAAAACACUACACCUCCUGCUCUCUGAAGAACAAUUCUAUUCUUAUCCCAUCAAUCUUAGUCUUCCUUGUUUCUUCAUUUUAAUAUAAACCCCAAACCCCCACGCCAGAAUAAACCAUGUCUUUUCUACGUGGCUGUUCUCACCGACUCGUCAACACCUCGCAGAUUGUUCAACUGGGUUGCUCCAGAUUGGUCCUCAGCAUAUAAUCUGAGUUGGGUUUUGUGAAAGGUUGCAGAAAGUUGGAGAAUUUGAUCGGGGAAAGCUGAGGCUGCUGGUAAAGGUGUGAGCUUGACUGUGCAUUUUGUUGUUUACUUUUGUACAUAGUAGGAGGAGAAGUGGGGAUGGCGGUGGCAAGCAAAACCAGAAAUAUGUUUGAGAAUCUUGUGAGAGAAGGAUCAUUCAAAUGGUUGAUUGGAAAUCGAAGCCCUUUUGAUGACGAGUUGGAGGAGAUGGAGAGGUCUCCUUCAGCCUCGACAAAUUGGAUAGCCGAGCUAUCUCCUAUUGCAAAUGUAGUUGUCCGUAGAUGCUCCAAAAUCCUUGGUGUGCCUACAACUGAGCUUUGCAAACGCUUCAGGGCAGAGGCUUCUGAGUCUAUAAAACAUCCAUCUUGCUUUCCGAGAAACUUUUUGGAAUAUUGCUCAUUCAGAGCUCUUGCUCUGUCAACUCAGGUGACAGGUCAUCUGGCUGAUAAAAGGUUUCGACGCCUAACAUAUGAUAUGAUGCUAGCUUGGGAGGCUCCAGCUUCUGACAGCCAACCUUUGCUAAAUUUAAAUGAGGAUUUAUCAGUUGGAGUAGAGGCUUUCUCUAGAAUAGCUCCAUCAGUUCCAAUUAUUGCAAAUGUGAUUAUUAGCGAAAAUCUGUUUGAGGUGCUUGCAACAUCAACUAGUGGGAGACUUCAGUUCUCCACUUAUGACAAGUAUCUAAGCGGACUAGAAAGAGCAAUAAGAAAAAUGAGGACCCAAUCAGAGUCGUCUCUUCUUUCUGCUGUCCGAUCAUCAAGAGGAGAGAGAAUUCUUGAAGUGGAUGGAACAGUAACUACACAACCAGUUCUUGAGCAUGUGGGAAUUUCUACAUGGCCUGGACGGUUGAUUUUGACUGACCAUGCACUUUACUUUGAGGCUCUGCGUGUCGUGUCUUAUGACAAGCCAAAACGAUAUGACCUAUCAGAUGAUCUGAAACAGAUUGUGAAACCUGAGUUGACUGGUCCAUGGGGUACUAGACUGUUUGAUAAGGCAGUCUUCUACAAAUCAAUUUCAUUAUCAGAACCCGCUGUGAUAGAGUUCCCUGAGCUGAAGGGUCAUACUCGUCGUGAUUAUUGGCUAGCGAUCAUAAGAGAGAUUUUGUACGUUCAUAGAUUUAUACAUAGAUACCAAAUCAAGGGGAUCAAACGAGAUGAAGCACUAUCAAAGGCUGUGCUUGGGAUACUGAGAGUACAAGCCAUUCAAGAAAUCUCUUCUGCUCCUUUACUUUGUGAGGGUCUUUUAAUGUUCAAUCUUUGUGACCAAUUACCAGGUGGAGACUUAAUACUGGAAACUCUCGCAAAUAUGUCAACCGUAAGCGAAUUAAAUAGGUCUAACAGUUCCAAGUCUGGAGGUGGAAUGUAUUCAAUCUCAGCCUUAGAUAUGAUUUCUAACUUGGGCUUUGCAUUUGGAACAAAUUCUAAUAAUUCUGUUGAGGCUGGUCUUUCCGUGGGUGAGGUAACUGUUGGACAACUGACUUCACUAGAAAGAGCAGUUAAGGAAUCAAAAAACAACUAUGAAAAGGUGGCCCAAGCACAAGCUUCAGUAGAUGGAGUCAAAGUGGAAGGCAUUGAUACAAACUUUGCAGUGAUGAAGGAGUUGCUCUGUCCACUGUUGGAAUUAGGGAAGUGGCUUCUCUCUUUAGCACUAUGGGAUGAUCCACUGAAGUCGUUGGUUUUCUGUUCUGUUUUCACUUACAUCAUUUGCAGGGGUUGGCUGAGGUAUGCCUUUGCAUUGACGCUGGUUUUUGUUGCAAUCUUCAUGAUCCUCACCAGAUGUUUUACCCAAGGAAUAUCUGAUCAUGAGGUUAAGGUGGUAGCACCACCCCCGAUGAAUACCAUGGAGCAGCUUUUGGCAGUUCAGAAUGCAAUUUCCCUAACUGAAGGAUUUGUGCAGGAUGGGAACGUUGUUCUCUUAAAGCUACGUGCUUUGUUGCUGUCACUUUUUCCUCAGGCAAGCGAAAAAUUUGCAGUGGCUCUUUUAGUCAUGGCUUUGACUCUGGCCUUCCUCCCUGGUAAAUAUUUUGUUCUAUUGAUCUUCUUGGAAGCAUUUACAAGGUAUUCACCAAUGAGGAAAACUAGCACGGAGAGGUUGAUGAGACGAUUGCGAGAGUGGUGGUUCAGCAUACCGGCAGCUCCUGUGCUACUGGAAAUAGAGAAAGAAGAGAAAAAGAAGAGAUGAUACUGUACUAUCUGUAUUGUAGUUGUAUUAUGCUAAUGUAGUGUUUCUUUGCACAUAGAGAGCUACUGAGUAGAGAUAGGUGAGCUCGUAAAUCUUAACAAUGGAAGUCGAAAUAAACUGAUGUAAAUUUACGAAAAAAUGAAAAGGUUUGAUGUGA